AUGGAGCUUAGCAUCAUCUCAAGAGAAACCGUUAAACCAUCUUCUCCUCAUGACCAUCUGAAACCCUACAAACUAUGCCUCUUCGAUCAGAUAACUCCCAUGACUUACAUAUCACUCGUCAUCUUCUACAGUACCCCUGAUCAAAACUUCAAUUCUAACCUAACCCAAACCUUAUCCCACCUAAAAAAGUCCCUCUCGGAAACCCUGAAUCUCUUCUACCCACUAUCCGGGAAGACCAAAGAAAACCUCUACGUCGAUGAGUUCGACACUGGUGUUACUUACAUUGAAGCCAAAGUCAGCUGCAGCUUGACCGAUUUUUUCAAGCUCAGCCAAACCGAGUUGCUUAACAAGUUUGUCCCUUACCAUCCAUUGCGAAAUGAAGUAGUAGAACCUUCAUCAAGAGAAGAAUUACCUCAGAUCGGGUUUCAAGUCAAUGUUUUCGCUUGCGGCGGAAUAGCCCUCGGCACUUCUUUUGGCCACAAGGUAGCUGACGCAGGAACUGUGAGCUAUUUUCUCAAGGCUUGGGCUUCAUCUUCUCGCCAUUCUACUGAUGAUGAUAUAACUGGCCCUAACUACUCCAACGCCUCGUUGGUUUUCCCACCUAUGUACUCGGUGCCUCAGAAAUACAGAACCAUAACGGACAAGAAGUGGUUCAGCAAGAAAAACUUGGUGACUAAGAGAUUGGUGUUCGAUGCGGACAGCAUCGCAACCCUCAAGGACUUGGCCAAGAGCGAGCAAGUCCCUAGGCCGUCGCGCAACGACGUGCUGUCGUGUUUCAUCUGGAAACACUCUUCGGAAGCGGCGGCAGCGGCGAAAGGAGGAGCUGCUAGGGCUUCGGUUGCAGUCCUGGCCGUGAACUUGAGGCCGCGAAUGAAGUCCAAAUUACCUUUGGACAGCUCCCUUGGAAAUCUCUUCUGGUGGACCAGAGCACCUGUCUCCGACGCCCGUAUGGGGCUGGGUGAACUGGUCGUGGUCCUGAGGGAAUCGCUGGUGAGUUUCAACGAGUGUUUGAAGAGAUCGGAGGAAAGCGAUGACGUUGGUUUCGCCUUGGUCUCGGAGUACUACGACGCAAUGGAAGCGGCGGUUGAGUCGCCGGAAACUGACGUUUAUAUAUUCACGAACUGGAGUGGUUUCUACAACGAGGUGGAUUUCGGGUGGGGUAAGCCGAUAUGGAUCGGAGCCCAUGGGAAAAUGGGAGGAGAGCGGUUUAUGAAAGUUCAUGUGUUGUUGGAGAUACCAGGUGGGAAUGGAGUCGAGGUGUUUUUGACAUUGGAAGAGGACGAAAUGGCUGUUCUGGAAAAAGAUCCCAAGUUUCUGGAGUUUGCUUCUUUCAAUCCACGUGGUGUUCCCGGCGGGGAACCAUUUCACCGAUCGGCCUAG